AUGGCCACAGGAGCAGCUGGGGAUGGACUACUCCGGGGAGUUUUCGAAGGAUGCAUCUCCGGCCACGACACAGGAAUCCAAAGGCGACCCUACCACCGGAAUUGUGGCUGCGCGUUGCAUAAAUCGCGCGGUCAUUGCUCCCAUGUGUCGCCAAAUAGGAAUGUGUCUUACCCUAUAAGACGGGCGUGGAGCGAGAGUUGCCUAGCAUUGAUGGCCUCGGGGAAUUCCUCGCCUUGUUCUUCACCGGCCGUUGCUCCGCCGGAGUCCGGGAGGACACGGUUGGUUGUGUGCAAUGAAGAAGAAGAAGAGAUUGUUUCAAACAAGGUUUGA